UGGUCAGCUGCUCACGCGUUUCCGCUGGUGUGGUAUGCUCAGAAAACGUUUCUGCUAUGAGUAGCAGAAAUGGAAACAAGGACCAAUAGCGAUCUUUUGCGUACGCGGAAGUGAGAUUCACCUCGUUAUCCUUCAUCUUCUCAUGGUACCCGAUAUGUUUCGAGACGAGAAAGGCAACGAACGAGCCUUGCUAGGCUGGAGUAUGUUGGAUCACGACGACAACUUCAGCGACAUCUACGAGUUUGACGACCCCUCCAAUUCGUCAAGGUGCUUGCCUGACGAUGUAUAUUCGGAUGCCGUUCAUGAGCCUCAAUCUGCAGAUGUGCACAUCUUCGGGGACAGGAAGGCAGCUUUGAAAACCGUAUCAACGCCGCGAUUGUCGGAAGCAACAGCAGAACCGUCUGGCGAACCUGCGGCAUCGCUAAAGCUGCCGAGCGACAUGCCCGACUUAAUUUCGAAUACCUUAGCAAGCGCCUCGUGGGGAGCAGGCGUCGAAAUUAAUGCCUGGAGAUCAUGUUUUCUGAAUGACAGCAUCCAAACCAGCAGUCUGUGUGGAAGGUCGGCACGCAGAAGGCGAAAGACGUGCAAUUUCCAAGGUAGCCAGUACGUGAUUGAUGAAAGCAGCAGCGACGAUUCGGUAGAAGAAAGUCGUCAUAACCAGGAUAGGGUUACACGAGCCCGCCUAGCCAUCGACGAAAUAACCGAAGACGAAAUAAACGGCUCGGCCGACGCGGAACCAACGAGACUGCAACCGUCCUGGUUACGUAACGCGUGUACAGGAUCACCGAUAUCACGAAAUGUUAUUAAUUUUGGCUCCGAUCUCCGUGAUGCACAGUUCAGCAGCACUGAAAGCCCUUCGUCAAGGCAAAACGCUUUGAAAAAUGGAUUUGAAGAACGUCUUUUGACUUCCAGGCAGAAGGAGAGCGCGGACUUGACACUUUGGAAAUUCUACAAAGAAAAUGCUAACUUCCCAAGAACAUUUUCUCGUGAUGCUUCUAAAACAUUUACGGCGAGGAUACUUACCCUGGAACGCGUUUAUGGCAUCGUCUACUGUGUCUGCGAGGUUGACAGCCUCACACACGACAAAUCAAAGGUGUGCCUUACUCUUCCGUUGGAACUAGCCGAGCGUGAAAAGCUUGAUCGUGGUGCCGUCUUGCGUAUUCAUCCACCGUGGAGAGAGUACAAGCUUUUGACUUUUCCCGAAAAAAUCAUUUCUAGUGUGCAAUAUUUUGAAGUCCUGGAAAGACAUUAUUAGCCCCAUGGCUUGUAGCAUAAUGAAGGAAGUGGUGUCGCCAUAAAUGUAUAAACUUCAAGGACACUGUUAUGUUUAUUAUUUAUGUGCUUUCGCAAAAGUUUGUGCAAUGCAAAAAUUUUAUUGAUGAGAGACGAUACACUUUGGCCAUUGGCCACGUUUAAGCUGGCUUUAUUAUUAUAUAACAGCUUUUAUUAGCUCUGAGUGGCUCUUAAUUUUAAAGUGAAGCUUUCUCUGUUUAAUCCCCCAGGGGGGGUUUGUUGUAGAUUAGUAAUGUUGUUGAAUGACAAACAAUGUGGUUGAGUGCACCCAUGUGCUGCAUUAUCAAACAAUAAAUUGCGCUAUAAAACACAUUUAUAUUGCGCAUCCAAAAAAAAAAGGCAGAAGUUCUGGGGAAUAAAUAAGCAUGAAGAGAUGAAAAAAUUUUCGAACUCAUGAAUAUAUAUUGUGCAGGUUCAUAUAGCUAUCUGAAACAUAUUGAAUGGCUUGUUUUAUUCACUUGCCCUUAGGUGACCCAUUUCUUAGACUCAAUUGGGCAUGCGCCGCUGAGUGCUUAGGCUUAUAUAACAUGAAAUUUUGAGCAUUAAUAUGUGUGAGUCCUCUGUUGUUUUGUAAUCACAUGAUACAUGACAAUAUAAAAGUUUUAAGACUUUUUUUUGUAGAUCAUACAAAAGUUUUCAAGAUUGUCUGUGGCAGCUGAUGACAUAAGUGUAGUCCUUCAGCCUGGUUACUGGAAGCAGUGGACAUCUUUUAUGACAUGUAUUGCAACUUACAAAUUUUAGCUAUGAAGCUUGGUUGGUUGACUAGCUGUUAGCCUUGUGCUAUAAGGGGGAAAACUAUAUGUGAUGUAUAUGCAGAGAGAAAGUACGCCAUAUACCUAAAUGCAUUUAUGGCUACUGUACUUGAUUUAGCAUAGGUUUCUUUCACAUUUUUAUUUACAUAUUUAUCUCCAUUCCACAGUGCGUCGCUGCGUGGGCUCAGAGCUUUAUUCCACAUUGCUAUGGGUCCAACUAUGCUUUCACAUUCACAUACUUAGGAAGUUCUAAGCAUUGCCUGUAAAUUUUUUAAUGGCAAUCUUAAUUUCUAUAUGAUGAGUAAUUUGGUGGUUAUGUACACAUGAAGUGAACCAUAGUUCCAUUUUACAGCAUUGCCAAGCUUACUGCAUUCAGAUGCACUAAUAAAGGAAAUAAAAUUGCUUGAACGCCAGGCAUUUAAUAAAAAACAAACCAACUUUCAGCUUGCUCAGCACAAGCUGAUGAGCUGGUUGGUUCAACAUAAUGCAGCAGCGGCAUAGGUAUGACAAAGCAUGCAGGAACAUGGAACCGAUGCUCUCACAAACACUGGACUAACAGCUGAAUGUCAUCGCUGGCAAACAAAUGUAUAUAAUACAAAUUGUUGGUGAAUGGAAAAAAAAGAACAUCACAAACACACCUGCUGUCUAGACAUGUGCAUACUGGGUAGUAUGUUAUGGCAUCUCUAGAGUGUUAUAGUCGAUUGCAGCAUGUAGGUUUUAUAACUGCCCAGUAAUUCACAUUCUGCCCAGAAGCAAGUGAAGGGGCACUUACAUGGGUAUCUUGUAGAGUUAAGAUAUUUUUCAUGUCCUAGAUUUUUGCUGAUAGUUUUGUCCCAGCUUUUACUCAAUAUAACUUCCCUUUAUUGGAAGGCUCAGUGCCUGGGCUAAAAGCUGCAAGUAAACAGCUUGAUGGGAUCCAGGAUACCGACACAUUGCAACAUGUGAGAGGUAAAUUUUCAGAGCAUCAUACACAAGAUAAGUUAUUUAUGCAAAUAUAAUAGCAUGUUAUUAUACAUUAGUUAAAACAUGUACUCACACUUACUAGUAGAACCAAAAAAAAGACAAUGCAUAAUUCCCAUUAAAAAAACAUAAUUCAAGAAAGUAACAAGCCAUAACUCUACAAUAUUAAGGAAUGCUACAAGAAUUUAACAUCGGUAAAACCAAUAGUAACAUAACAUGAGUGGAAUAAUGCUGCACAGGACAUUGGAACCAAUGUAACCUGUAAUGCGAAAUAUAGUUCAUGAAUGAAUGUGGCACUUAUAAUCACUAUGAAAAUGAGGUAUAAGCCACUCUCCCAUGUUAAGAGUAUUUAUAUCAUAGUUCAAGAUUGCUGCACUCCAGGAGUGCAGCAGCCUAAAUGAGGUGUUUAAACACAGAAGAGCCAAUGUAAAAUGAAUGCAGGAUUUUAACUCGUACAUGUCUUCGAUCUUAAUUAUUCUGUGCAUGUGGAAGUAUGUGGCAGUCGGAGAUAAAUAACCAAUGUUGGCGAUGUGACAAACAACCCUCUUCUAAAAAAGCACUAGUAUAAUCUACUGAGCUGUUGUAAGAAAACAUAACUGUAGUAGUAUAUGUGUGAUUCAACUAGUAUGCGAUGUAUUCUAACAUAUGUUUGUGUUGGGAGAAAUUCAUGGCAAUGUGACAAUAUUCCCGUCAUUAAGGAAAGUCUUUUACAUAAAUUAUGCAAGAAUUUCAACUUCGAUGAAAAUGUUACUCCAACGAUUUUGUGUAAGGAAGAAGCCAAGAAAAAUCUUUAGACUACAACAUAUCUGUGUCUGUAGACUCUGUAUACCUUUAUUUCCACUUUCAAAUUAAAAAAACUCUUGAUUCCUGUGCCGUUAUAAAAACUGACCACAUGCUGCAAUAGGCUACGAAAGUCUAGAGAUGCCAUAACAUAUCUUUGUGAUGCAUUUUUUCCCCCACAUUUAUCGCACCACAUUCUGCACUUUUAGAUGCCAAAACUAUUAAGUUAUUAUGAGGUAUGCCAUUGUGGGGGUUGCGACAUUAAUUUUUAACACCUGGGAAUCUUUAAUGUUUAAAUUAUGUUUGUCAGCAAUAAAACUC